UGUUUAUCAGCUGUAACAAACUCCCGACAUCAGCAGCGGCGCGUCCCAAGGUCAAGGUGACACGCGUCACAAAGGGAACGGGGAAACGAGCCAGAAUCGCCACGAUUACACGGACUGUACUGUUCAUAAGAUCAUCGCGUGUCUCGCGGUGUUUCUCGCUAGCCCGCGACGAUAGAGAAAAAAACAAAAGGUUGGAACGCGUUUCGGAGUCACGUUACAUGGGGCAUUGAACGGUCGACCGAGGAUAACGCAUCAUGAACGUGGACAACGACUUGGAUCAGCAUUUAUUGCGCGAGUUCAGCUGUCUAGGGACCACCGAUAAGGACGACCUGGUGAAACAGCUGCAGAGCAUGCUGGCUGGUAGCCAGCUGAACGAAACUACCGCCAGGUUCUUCCUCGAUAUGAACAACUGGAACCUCCAGGCAGCCAUAUGUAGUUAUUUCGACUUCGAGUCUCCGUUUAAAUUACCUUGCAUGACGCUGAUACGUGACAGUACGAUCGGCGACGGAGAGUCAGUGCCACCUAACACGAAAUUUCGAAAGUCAUGGCAGGUGCAAAACAGUGGGACAGAAGCUUGGCCUGAUGGAAUCUGUUUGAAGUUCACCAUGGGAGUAAUAAUGGGAUGUACACGUGUACCGGUUCCAUCUUUGGGUCCUAAAGAGACAACGGAAGUGAGCAUUGAGCUCACAAGUCCUCCUGUUCCUGAUUUGACCUAUCAGAGCCAAUGGAGGAUGAUGACAUCUACAGGUUCUUAUUUCGGUGAUAUCAUUUGGGUGAUUAUUACAGUGAGUGAAUGUGGCACCUUAGCGGUUACUCAGCAACUGCAUCAACUAAGUACUUCACAGUCUAACGAUGUACAAAUGUGUUAGCCCUUGAUAUCCAGAGACUUCCUUUAAUUUUUUUUUUUUUUUUUUUUUGAGAAAAUGA